AUGCGUCUUGCCGGAAUGAACAUGGCCUCCGUGGCCUUGAUAACUAUAUCCUGCCUUGCACCUUUUACCAGGGCUGUGUGGACCUGUCCAAGCGAAAGAGAGGCCUACUGCUGCACUCACUAUGAAGACAAAACCCCCAAGGGCCUCUUUGGAACCGGAUGCACUCUUGCUCCGAGAAAAGAAGGCUGUAAAGAUAAAUCACCCGUGGAAUGCUGCAAGCCUUUAGCCGAUCAGACCACUCAUUUCUGCGAUAGCCGUGCGAAGGGGUACAUGUUUGUCAACCAGAAAGAAGACCAUCGAAAAGCAUAG